GAGUUCGUCAACUUCAGCCAGGUGUACCAGGUAUGAUCUCCCAGGUCCAGGUAGAGGCCACCUUCCCUGAUGGAACUAAACUGAUUACAAUCCAUGCCCCAAUCUGCAGACAGGAUGGAGACCUGGAGCUGGCUCUGUACGGCAGCUUUCUACCAGUGCCCAGCCUGGACAAGUUUACCACACAAGAAGAUGAGGUUGUCAAUGCAAAGACUGAUGCACCCAUGACAGUGAUUCCAGGGGAAGUUCUGGCUGAAAGUGAGGCUGUGGUCAUUAACUCUGGCCGCAGACAGACCUCGCUGACCGUGACCAGCUUGUGUGAUAGACCAAUACAGAUUGGCAGCCAUUACCACUUUCUGGAGGCCAGCAAGUACCUGCGCUUUGAUAGGGAGGCUGCAUACGGGAUGAGACUGAAUAUUGCAGCUGGCACUGCCAUAAGGUUUGAACCAGGGGAAAGUAAAGAUGUCUGCCUGGUAGAAAUUGCUGGAAACAGGGUGGUGAGAGGAGGUAAUGGUUUAGGUAGUGGUCUUGUGGAGCCAGAGAACAUACCAGAGGUGAUGGAGAGAGUUCACUCACAAGGAUUUAAUCAUGUAGAUCAGCCAAGUGCCAAGAAAAGCAAGGUGCCCCCUGCAGAAGGUUCCACAGUUUCCAUUCCAAGGCAACUCUACACUGCCAUAUAUGGCCCAACUCGCGGGGACAAGGUUCGCUUAGGGGACACUAGCCUAAUUGUAGAAGUUGAGCGAGAUUUCACAAGUUAUGGGGAUGAGUUGAAGUUUGGUGGUGGCAAGGUGAUCAGAGAGGGGAUGGGUCAGGCGGCCAGGGUGACCAAUGAUCAUGCCCUGGACACUGUCAUUACCAACGCACUCCUUGUGGACGCCAUUGUGGGGAUUGUGAAAGCUGAUGUCGGCAUUAAGGGUGGUAUGAUAGCUGGUAUAGGGAAGGCAGGCAACCCAGAUAUCAUGGAUGGAGUGACACCUGGAAUGGUGGUUGGAGUAGGGACAGAGGUUAUUGCAGGAGAGGGGCUGAUACUUACUGCAGGUGGCCUGGAUGCUCACGUCCACUUCAUAUGUCCACAGCUGGCCAGAGAGGCCAUAGCCUCAGGACUGACCACCAUGUUUGGCGGCGGGACAGGGCCAGCCUCUGGGUCAUGUGCCACAACUUGUAGUCCUGGGCCUAAUCACAUCAAGUAUAUGAUCCAGAGCACAGAUGCCUUCCCACUGAACUUUGGCUUCACUGGCAAGGGCAACACCUCCAACAGUGAGGAGAAUGUGGAGGAGCUGGCUGAACAGAUACGGGCAGGAGCUAUAGGACUGAAGUUGCAUGAAGACUGGGGAACCACACCAUCUGCCAUAGAUACAGCUCUGAAAGUGGCAGAGAAAUAUGAUGUCCAGGUAAGAGUGAAAUGCCAGGUGUUUUUAGGGAGUAGGCAUGUCCACAGGCCACAUGUCGAAACCUUUACCUUAAGUGAUUUAAAAUGUGAUAAAAGCAAAAGAAGCCUGUCCAGACAAAACAUAGGUGGUGAUGGAGACAUUAAUUAA